UUUGAACAAAUGGCAUGUUAUUAUGGUCAGGUUUGAUAUGACAGGCCAUGAUCAUGGUGGGAGCUUAAAAUAUUGAAUUAGGGAUUUACUGGCUGGGGAGGGGGAUUAUGAGCUUCAGUGCCCAGUGUCCCCUGGGAGUACAAAUCCAUCUGUCCUGUUCAACCUCAACAUCUCAUCACUGACAACUGCAUCAGCGAGAGGACGAAGGCUGAGUACAGAGGUGUUAUGGACUCCUCCGUCGCCAACCUGCAGCUGAACACUGGAAGGACGAAGGAGUGGUGGACUUCAACAGGAUGAAAGCAAUGCCUGCAUCUGUCUCCAUUUAGGGGGUACGUAAAGGGCCAGAGCCGACUCUACUUUCUGCCCUGGCUCCGAUCAUUUAAUGGCUAUUUAUGACCUUGUCUUGAGUAGGGUGAAGUCAAUGGAUGCCAGCAGAAUCAAUAAUCAGUAAGGCUGGCUCAGUACUGGGUGGCAGAGUGUGAUUCUCUGGAAGUGGUGUCAGAGAAGAUGAUUCUGUGCAAGCUGAGUAGCAUCUGUGACUCUCAAUGACUCUCACCCACUAAACGAUGUGCUGGCUUCGCACAGGUGUCCCUUCAGCAGCAGAGCGAUAGUAAUCAGUGCAUUUUUUUUGGCAGACGCUUUUAUCCAGAGCGACUUACAUCGGUUAAUACACACAUUGACACACCGACGGCAGAGUCAACCAUGCAAGGCGACAGCCAGCUCGUCAGACGCACAUCGACGCAGCUAGGGAUCGAACUAGCAACCUUUCGGUUACAAGACAACUGCUCUACCUCCUGAGCUAAGCCGACCCACACACAGCAAUUGUACCACGAUGCACCACACCAAACCUGUUCUCCUUGUGGCAAUACAGCUACAACAAUCCCCUACAUCAGGCCAAGAGAGGACAAGAGGCACCGGUGAUAAGGUGGUUCUAGCCUCCAUUUCAACUCUGUUCUGCUCUCUUUACCUACAUUACUCAGUGGUGGUAGUGUUGCUGUUUUCUUUUCAGUAGCAAAGCUGCUUUAAUGAUCAAGUGGUUUGGUAGCGUUCACUCAAGCUGCAUUUUCCAAAGCAUCUCUGAAGAUCAAGUAAUGCAGAGCUUUUUUGUUUUGGUCUGAAAUAAAAGUGCACAAGUCAUACCUAAUUUAUAGUCACAGUUUGGGAACUGCACGAGCCGGCAUGAACCAAAAUGACAUAGUCAAGGACUUUGCACUUUGUCGCGUGUCGCACACCUCUGAAAUAGUGCUAAACGGCAACUAUUUGAAGUAAUGUCUCAUCUUGUGAAACAGUACGGACUAGCAUAAAAAAAGCUAGUAAUUCAUUGAAGUAGGCUAACCCUAACCCUAACCCUUUUUACUGCUCGUGGUGCCCCCCAUGUGAUUUGGCGCCCCCCACAAAUUUUUGCGCCACGGGCGGCUGCCUGGUUCGACCGUGCCUAAAACCGCCACUGGGUGUGAAGUAAACUUCACAUUCCCUAUACUCCCUAAGAAUGGAAGGCCAUUCAUAACAUGGUAACGCAACAUAUAAAUGUUGCGUUACCAUGUCCGAAUUUUGCAUGUUAAAUGUUUGCUCAUGUUAACAAGUCAUAUUUUGCCAUCUUAACGCAAGACUCAUUGACAUGGUAACAUGUCAGGCCUCAUUUGGACAUUUUGUGUCACAGCCAGGGUUGUUCAGUUUUACACAAUGGAAUGGUGAUGGAAAUUGCCUUAAGGAAUGUAAACACAGCUAGCCUGUGGACACGUUUUUCAAGUCUGGGGUCAAAAGGUCCAAAGGAGCCCGCAUGAUUCAUGCCCCAUAUGAGAUAAGAAUAAGUGAUUAGUAACAAAAAAGCUCUGCAUUACUUGAUCUUCAGAGAUGCUUUGGAAAAUGCAGCUUGAGUGAACGCUACCAAAAGUAAUUUUAGAAAUUAAAAUGUAACUGCGUUAACUGCAAUUAUUCUACUUCAUUUAAGAAUGAUCGAUUCUGAUUGGCUGGGAGGGGUGCAUUAAUCCGGCAUAUUGCCCGCUGACUUGUCGGUUCUACUUGCUGCUGACUGAGCACAGUAGAUCAAUACGCCGCUUGUAUCGUUUAGAUACAAUGUAACAACUGCGUCAUUAAACUAUUGAUCAGUUGCAGCCUUGUGUGGUUGCUAUAGAAACGAGUUACCUACAGCUGAGCUAACGUUAUUCACAGUAGUUCUAAAGGGAACUACUUUUCGAGGGAGAUGAACUUAAACAGAGUAUAGGCUACAUUUAAUAAGCAUGCAAUACGAGUAAGAAAAAGGCUAAUUAUUAAAGUAUUUGAAUUGUUUUAUUAUGUUGGCCGGCGAGAAGUAGUUGCCGUUCCACCUGAACGGCAGUUACCGUUCCAGAACGGCAUGCCUUAGGCCACCACCUGAACGGCAUGUGCCGUUCCUGAACGGCAUGGUAUGUCAGUGGUCGCGGUGGCACGUGCCACAGGCCAAUAAACGAUCUCGGCGCUACUGGAGAAAACCCCACGGGCAGUUGAACUAACUAACUAAACAUCACUCAAUCAAGAAACUGUGAACAUCCAAUUAUAACUCGAGCUGUUGCUUUGCAUAUCCUUAUUCACGUUGGUCAUGUGAAUAUCUUAACAUAAGAUAACUUUAGGAUAUGAUUAAGUCACUAGAAGCACGAGAGAAAUAUUAUGCGUAGGCCUAUGUUAUGAGCCUUGUACCUUGUAACUUGAAUAGGACCAUGGUCCCUAAGGUGUAGGCCUACUUCAAAGUUAGACUUAUGCUGUGAGACAAGCACGCCGAAAUUAUACUAUCACGUAUUCUUUAUGAGAGAAGAAUAUAAUGUAGCCUACUAUAAAAUAAGAUAAGGAAUAGGAUUGUACUUUAUUGAUCCCGCGGGAAAUUCGUGAAAAGAGUAGCUGUUGCGGCUGCCGCACCAGAGGGUGCGCAGUACGCACAGAGCCGGUGUUACACCGAAUUCUCCGUUUGUUUCGUACAUUAUAAUUGACUAAUUAAGGGCGCCACCAGAGGGCGACCCCAGCACAUUUGCCGUAGCCUAGGUCGCCUAUGCCGAGCGCCGGCCCUGGGUGCGCAGAUGUGUCGAUGAAAAUAAUUACGUAUUCUUUCUAUAGAUCAGAUACAAACACUAGACAGUCGCAUAAUGUCUAUAGUGUUUUCUGAUCUAUAGUAUGUAGACCACGUCAUCUAGCCUACAUCGUUUACCUCCAGCUGUAGCCUAACUUUUCCAUAUUCACUUUAUGUGCCUGUUUUUUUUUACGUGAAUUAUGACCAUAGAAACACGAGAAAUAUGAUGCUAACAUACUGGCAAUGAAUUGACAGUAUGUUUGCAGUAUGUGUGCAUUCAUAUUUUUCGUAACGUUCACGUGUAAUUUGUUGUUACGUUAACGUGUCAAUUUGUGUUACGUAAGGGUAGGGCUGGACCCCUCGAAUUGCGCACGCCUUCCAUAUCCAUACUAAUAGAAAACUGGUCACUUUAUGACACAGUAGCCUAUGACCUGGAUUGCGGCUAUGGUCGUCCAAAUGCUUUGAGGGGGGGGGGGGGGAGCCUUAUCAAAUGCAUGGCGGUGCAUUUGCUGGACGCACCUCCAGCAGCUCAGUCGACAGAUCCUGUCGCCCCUGUUCGGUUCGAUCUGAGCACAAUCUACACACCAGUUCAAAAUGAGUCUACAGAAGAAACCCGUUCGUCUCAUCGCGGCAGCAUGCAAUGAUUUGGGAAUCGGAAAGAAUGGAAAGCUGCCUUGGAGUUUACCGAACGAGUUCAAGUACUAUUUGAACAACCUCAGUCGAGUCUCACAUCCAGGAAUGUUCAAUUUGGUGGUGUGGGGAAGACUGAACUGGUUCUCACAAGAGGAAUUUCUCAAAGAGAAUGUUAUACAUGUGGUUUUGAGUAAAACCUUAGGCGUUGUUCCAGAUAACGCACAGUACCUACGAGAGGACCUCGAGGGGGCUAUUCGUCUGGCCGCCUCACCUCCCCUCAGUGACAUCAUAGAAACCAUCUGGGUCGUCGGCGGCACCGGGGUCUACAAGGAGAGCCUGAUGCACCCAUGGUGUGACCUGAUAUACCUCACGGAUGUCAUGGCCAACAUUGACUGUGAUGUUUUCUUCCCCAAUUUUGACAGACAGAUAUUUAAAAAGCAAGACAGAUUUCCUGGCGUGCCGAGUGAAAUCCAAGAAGAGAAUGGGGUCAAAUACAAGUAUGAAGUUUAUAAGAAAGACAUUCACUAUCAAGAUAAGCUGAUGUAAAAUAAUAUUUAUUCUGUAUUUAUAUUUCAAGUGCCUCAAAUCAGAAAAUAAUAAAACAUGUCAGGGGAUUUC